GGUGGCCCCAAAAUAAAAGAGGCAAGACCUCGGCUGCCAUAACCAGAAGGAUACUCUUUAGGCCUUUUCAAGCUCUGUUUCUCCAUAAAGCAACAAACUUUGGCUAAACUUUGAGGAUGGAUACAGAUAUUCAUGUAUUUAGUUUGUGGGAAGAUCACGUUGUUUCUCAGGAGAAGGGCCGUCGUGUUGUGCACUACUACUUGAGGAUACCUCAGGGGAGUAAGUUCAAGCCACAUGCUAUGUGUUGUCUCAGAGGAUUAUUUGGAUGCUUUUGGGCACAUAAGUACCAUGAAUUCCGACACAAAGUGGCGUGCAAGAAAAGAGGAUGGAUACAGAUAGUCAUGUAUUUAGUUCGUGGGAAGAGCAGAUUGUUUCUCAGGGGAAGGGCCGUCGUGUUGUGCACUACUACUUGAAGGAUACCUCAGGGGAGUUAAUCCUUGCUGUAGUGGGUACUGAAGGAAGCUCAAGGAACAUGCUAUAUGUUGUCUCAGAGGAUUAUUUGGAUGCUUUUGGGCAUACAAGUACCAUAAAUUCUGACACAAAGUGGCGUACAAGAAAAGGCGUAGUGGAAUGGCUGACAUUUUUGAUUUCAAAGCAUCACCAAUCACCACCUAUUUCAAAUACCCCAAGAAGAGAAACAAGAAGAAGUGCUUUGAUGGCUGAUCACAUAGCUGAUGAUGUCUCAAAAAAGAUAACCCAAGAAGAUCCUUCAAUGCAAGGACCUAGUGGGAGUAGAAGUGUCGGUGAGAGUGACCAUUCUGGUAUCAGAAAAUCAAUUCCAGGUAACCAGAUAGCACAAGCCAAACCACCAACUUUCCCAAAGUUAAAAAUAAAAUAUCCAAACAUAGAACCAGUAGGAAUUCAGCUUGUGGAGCCUCAACAUAAGCAGUCUUUUGAUGUUGGUGACAGCAUAGAGUUUCUUUGCAACGAUAGUGGCAUGAAAGGCUGCUGGUUCAGGUGUAAAGUAUUACAGGUAUCACAAAAACGUAUGAAAGUUCAAUAUAAUGACAUUCAGGAUUGUGAAAGUCUUGAAAAGCUCGAGGAAUGGAUUCCUUCCUACAAAGUUGCAGUCUCUGAUAAAUUGGGCAUGAGAUGCACAGGACGCCUCACAGUUCGGCCCCAGCCUCUGGAGGAUUCUUCUGACUGUUCUUUUGAACUAGGAGCUGCAGUUGAUGCUUGGUGGUCUGACGGGUGGUGGGAAGGUGUUGUAACUGGAUUUGAUGUCUCUGGAAGCGAUCAUCUUCAGGUUUACUUCCCUGGCGAGAACAUAUUAUUGGAGAUCCAGAGGAGGAACGUGCGGACUUCAAGAGACUGGGUUGAUGACAAAUGGAUUGAAGUUGAGCGAAAGAAAGACAUAAAGUCGUUCAUAGGCUCGAGUUUACCUUAUGCAUCCAGGUGCAGUAUCAAUGAGCCGGAGAACUGCGAAAAUCGGAUGGCUCCCAGGCUUAUGGCACCUGAAGACAACAAAAUGGCUUCAACUUCCAAACACUCAGCAGAGAAGCAAGACACUGAUGUGCUUAAACUGAAAAAACGAUGGUAUAUUGAUUUUCUUGCAGAUAACAAGAACUGAUUUCAGACAAUUCUACAAGUGAUAAUGCUAUCAUCUAGUGCUCGUCAGUUCUUCUCGAUAAUGGUGAAAUACUUUUGGCACUGUGGGUAUAGUUUGACUUGUAAGUAGCUCUCAAUGGUGCUUAAUUUGCCUUUGCAAAUGCUUAGGUUUUUGACAACAAAAUAUGGAAUAGGCAUCUUAUAGAACUAUAGGCAAGCACUCUUUGCCAAGAAGUUGACAUGUUCUUGUAUUGUACACUCUCUUAUCGGUUAUGCAUAAAAGUUGUAACUUUAUGAAGUUUCCUCUG